AUGCCAGACGCCUCACCCGCCGGCAGCCGUGCCAUUAUGAUCGUGCUGCCCACCAUCUUCGCCAUCAUCCUUGUCAUUCUGAUAGCCACAACCGCCAUCAUCCUGCCGCGCCUUCCGAAAAACAGUGACAACGAGAAGGCCGAAUGCCGCAAGAAGCGCAUGCUCAACCUUGAGCGCGCGUGCAAGUCUCAGAUUUUCAAAGACUGGUGCUCCAAGCACGAGACGGAGCAUCCGGAAUACAAGUCCGAGCACCCCGUUUGCGUCAUCUGCCUGGAAGAGAUCGAGGACAAGGCGCACGUCCGAGGGCUGGGAUGCCAUCACGUCUUCCACCAGGGCUGUCUCGACGACUGGUUUGACCGCUUCAACGAAUUCUGCCCGCUCUGCCAUCGACCCAUCCUUCCAUCCGUGUGCAGCAAGAGUAAGAAAUCCACCCGAUCCUCGAUGGACACGGCGCACGAUGCCGCCGCCAUGAUGGUCUGA